CGGAAGAGCUCACUUUCAUGACAUCAGGCGGCAACAUGUUUCUGACAAGUCUUCUCUUCUCACGCUUUUCAUGAAGUAUUUUUGGAGCUUUGCUGUUAAAUUUACUAAAUAUCGAGCGGCACACUCUUCUUCCACAGUAGUUUGCCGAGCCGGACCUGAAAUAAUGUGCAAACAGCUGAAGACCAAAGUGCUUCAUUUGUCACCCGCGACUGGUGACGAGCCUUCGUUUGUUACACAGAAAGCCCGGACAGACCUUGCCGGCAUCCUGAGCUGCACGGUGAAGGCUCUGCAGGACGGCCAUGUUGUCGCUGUACCCACCGACACCAUCUACGGCCUGGCGUGUCUGGCCCAGAACUCUGGUGCUGUGCGGAGGAUCUAUGACAUCAAAGGCCGGAAUGAGCAGAAGCCUCUUGCCAUAUGUGUGGGAGACAUCCGGGAUAUAUACAAGUACUGUAAGGUGAAAGUAACGGAGGAGCUGCUAGGUGACCUCCUGCCGGGUCCUGUUACCCUAGUGUUUGAAAGAUCGGAUAUACUGAACAAAGAGCUCAACCCUUUCACUCAACUUGUAGGGGUCCGUAUUCCAGACUGUACUUUUAUACAACACCUUUGCCAGAUGUGCGGCGAGCCUCUGGCGCUCACCAGCGCCAACGUGAGCGCACAAACGAGCACUGUGGCCGUCCAUGAGUUUCAGGAUCUUUGGCCCAAACUAGCAAUAGUAGUGGACGCAGGACCAAUAGGAGACCAGAGUCGCCUCGGGUCAACCGUAGUAGACCUAUCAGUACACGGCAAGUACCGCAUCAUCAGAGCUGGCUGUGCCUUUUCUUCCACGGUCGAUGUGCUGGAAGGUAAAUAUGGACUCUCCUCUGCGGAUUUGGGAUAGUACCCCCUCACUGAAGUCAACACAUUGGCUGGAACGCACAACAAGCCUUAUUUUUUCUAUGGGACUACAGAUUUUUUUUUUCCCUGGGAACAUUGGACUCUGGAAUGACUCUACGGUUAUAAAGCUGACUGCUUAAAAUAUUUUUAUAAGGGUGUGAUUGUUUUAUUUAUAUGGCGUCAUUAUUUUCGUCCUUAUCGUGGGACCGUGUGGAAUUUUUCCUCCAUCUUGUUUCUGUCUCCUUCCUGUACCUUUUAACCAUGUGUAAGGUUGCGAGGGAUGGGAUAGUUAUAUUACAUUUUUUUACAAUUGUAUUAUUAGGGCUGUCAAAUGAUUACAAAUUUUAGUCAGUUUUGAAUUUAAUCAUUAGCAACUCCGUCAUAUGAAAUAUUUUACAGAAUUGAACAGAAAGAUGAAUGACAGGAUAGGAUUAUAUAUGUUUGUAUGUGUUAACAGCUCCAAAUGAACUGAAUAUGUCAAUCUAAAAAUCAGUCUAAUGCUAGUAAUAAUAGCAGAACAUUUGAAUCACACUUUAAAUCAAGUUAUUAUGAGCAAUGAGUAAUUGCGGUCAGCGACGUCAUAUAAUUUUAAGAUAUAAUUUACUUAUUUUCAGUAUACUUAAAUGUAGCAAAUUGUACAUUCGAAUUAAGAGUUAUUAUUUUCACCUCCAUGUUUUUUGAAGCUGUUCGGUAUGUCCCUGAAUGCAUCUUGCGUUCUUGUAAUGACAAUGAGGAAGUGUCGUUCCCAGGAUGAUCAGACUAAAGACGUGUGUGUGAAUCGGAGAUACAUACAGUAUAUGGUGUUGGAAUUGUACUGCUGUUGAUGUGUUCAGGUGAGAACGAAGCUAGAAAAGCGCUCCAAUGUGAUUCAGUCUGCCUUCUUAACAGAAAGGCGUUGUUGCUCUGCUGCACAUGCGUUAAUUACACAAAAAGAAUUAAGGUAAUUAAUGAAAUAGAUUAGGUAAGAUCCGCUGUGGCUACUCCGUAAUCAGGAAAAAGCGGAAACAAACAAAAUGACGUUAACGCGUUAUUUUUGACAGCCCUAAUUAUUAUGCAAUAUAGUAUAUAUUAUUAGAAGCUGGGAAUUCAAUGUUAACCUUGCCUUUUGGGAAGGUCAAUGCCUUCAUGCAUGUUAAAAACUGUUAACCUAAGUUAAAUCUUUAUAAUAAAAUUCUACGUAUUUACCAACAAAUUAUGACUUGUCU